AUGGGAAGCAGGCCGAAUAUCUCAACAAUGACUGCAACACAGGUGCACAGCAACGGCACGAAGCCAAACCAGGAACUCAUCUGGGAAAAGGUCCAACUUACCAUUGACAACACCAAUCUCUCAAUCUCUACGGUACAUCGAGAAGGCCCCGCAGAUCCUAUUCUCUUUCUCCAUGGCUUCGGUAGCACAAAAGAAGACUAUACCGAUAUCAACCUUCAUCCUUCUCUCUCGAAGUAUCCGGUAAUCGCCUACGACACCCCCGGGAGCGGUUCUUCCACAACAUCUGACUUUUCCUCUCUUUCUAUGCCCUUUCUCGUUGCUGUCGCCGAAGCAGUUCUUGCACACUACGGUGUGAAGAGAUACCAUUUAGUCGGUCACUCCAUGGGCGGCCUCACAGCACUCCUUCUCGCCCAACGAAACCCCGGUUCCGUAUUGAGCUUCACCAACAUCAAAGGCAAUCUCGCACCGGAGGACUGCUUCCUCAGCAGACAGAUCCUCGAAUUUCCUUCCAACGACCCAGAGACCUUUGUAGAGGAAUUCAUCGAGCGUACACGCCAUUCAGCGUUUUUCGGUAACGGCGUCUAUGCCGCUGCCUUCAAGGCCAAGGUAAAGCCUGGGGCAGUGCGUCCUACUUUUGAGAGUAUGGUUCACUAUUCGGAUAAUGGAAAGCUCUUGGAUAUUUUUGAAGGUUUUCCGUUUCCCAGGAUGUUCAUGUUCGGGUUACAGCACGCUACGCUGUCCUACCUUCCGAGAAUCGCAAAAGCAGGGGUUGAAUUGGCCGAGAUCCCGAAGAGCGGGCAUUUUGUCAUGUAUACCAACCCGGUGGCUAUGUGGGAGAGGAUCGAAGAUUUCUUAAGUCGGAUUCCAGUUACGCCGUAA